AUGGCCCACCGACCUGCGCAUGGCCGGACGAGCUCAGGAUGGGGCCGUCAGAAGCGCUUCGAGCGGCCCGUAGAUCCCCUGGAACGGGCUGGCUUCGUGUCGAAAGGCGACAUCACGCUUCUUGAUAUCCAUGCCCAGGAGUCGUACUACCGCUGCAUCAUGGACCGCUAUGCGCAGUUCUGCAAGGAUAACUCUGGUGAUCUCGAUGCUGCAUUUGCCUCUCUACCCAGAAAUCCAUCAGGCGAUGCAACUAAGAAUCCACCCGUGAAUAUGGCUCGGAAAACGGAUACAAAAAGAACGCAUGCUGCAAAUGCUCCCCAGGAACUUUCAAUUAUCCUCGUUUCCCUCCGAAAGUUGAGAGAAGCCAUGCUCGCCACAACCUCAAAAACGCCCCUGGACUUUUCCCAGGACGUCCAUAUCUUCUGUAUCCGGACGGCUCUUCUUGCUGGCCAUCCGCCUUCAUAUUACCCCCCACUGGAAAGGUUGCUAAGGCACCUCCAUACAAAAGAACACCCCCUAGAGACAUCGGCACUCCAUGAAUUCAUCACUUACCUCAUUCUUGACUACGCUUGUCGCCAGGGUGAUAUUGCUGCUGCCCUCCAACUACGUCGAAGGGCAGGAGAAACAAUCGAUUACCAGCAUGAGGUAGUCGACCGUGUUAUUUCCGCUCUAAUACAUGAUAAUUGGGUUCAAUUCUGGAAAACCAGAGAGCAUGGCGACGGGUACGUUAGAACCUUAAUGGACUGGGCGGCGGAUAGCAUGCAGCGUCGUGCACUCAAAGCGAUUGGAAAAUCGUACUUGACAGUAGACCUGGCGUAUCUGAUUGAGUCUUGCACUGGCCAAAGGGAUGGCUGCACGUGGGAAAAGCUUGCUGAGAAACAUAACCUCGGAUGGAAAAGAGAGGGCAAUAAAGUGGUUAUAAGGGCCCGGAAAGUGCCAACUAGCUAG